AUGGCUACUACUCAGCCCACUCCCUUCGGGAAACCAAUGUUGAAACAUUGGCUCUUCGAUCCUUCAUACAAGAAUCUCAACCAUGGUUCCUUCGGCGCACACCCAGCGCCAGUCCGCGAUGCCCAACGUGCAUUCUUAGACAUCGCAGACCUCCGACCAGAUCCAUAUAUCCGAAAACAGCACACAAAGAUUCUCGACAAAGCCCGCCAGAGCGUAGCAACAAUCAUCAACGCGCCCAAAGAAGAAUGUGUCUUCGUGAAAAACGCCACAACAGGCGUCGCGACCGUCCUCUAUAAUCUAAACUUCCAGCCCAACGAAGCGCUCAUCUAUUUCGAACCCGUCUACGGAGCCGUGGAGAAAGGCAUCGUCUCCAUGCAAGAGCACAGCCCCUUCCAGGCCCGAAAAGUAAACUACCACUACCCCAUCACCGAGGACGAACUCGAGCGCCGCUUCCGCGAAACCGUCACUCGGGCCCGGGACGAAGGACUGACUGUCCGCGCCGCGGUCUUCGAUACCAUCGUCAGUAACCCGGGUGUUCGAUUCCCCUUUGAGAAAUUCGUCACUAUCUGUCGCGAGGAGGGCAUUCUGAGCGUCAUCGACGGCGCACAUGGUAUUGGGCAAAUCCCGCUGGAUAUGAGCGUCCUCCAGCCCGACUUUCUGACCUCCAAUUGCCACAAAUGGCUAUACACCCCGCGCAGCGCAGCCAUCCUCUACAUACCCAAGCGCAAUCAACACUUCAUGCGCAGCACCCUCCCCACAUCAUGGGGUUUCAUCCCGGCAGCCGGCUCAGCGGAAACAAUCGCCUCAGUCCUGCAAGACCCAACAGCCGCGAAAGCCCAAACCCCCUUCGAAGAGCUCUUCGAAUUCGUCGCCACCAGCGACGACUCGGCUUACAUCUGCGUCGAAGCGGCGCUGAAAUUCCGCAAGGAGGUCUGCGGCGGCGAAGAGGCUAUCAUGGCAUACUGCCAGAAAGUCACCAACGAGGGCGCAGAUGCAGUUGCCUCGAUCCUCGGCACAGAAGUGCUCCAGGAGCCCGGGUUGAAGAGUGGGGAGGAGAGUCGGAUGCGCGCUUGUGCGUUGACGACGGUUCGUCUGCCUAUCGCUGUUGCGGAUGAUCUGGACUUGGCGGAUCUCAGCCUGGGUGAGGAGAAGAAUCGACCGGUCGAGGGGGGCUCUCGUAACUCUGUCUUCUCGGGAGGCGGCUCGUGCUUUUGCCGCACUUUGAUGGAAAAGUUUGAUACCUUUGUGUCUACUUUUCAACAUGGGCCGUGGCUGUGGACGCGGUUGAGUGGGCAGGUUUAUUUGGAGAAGGCUGAUUUCGAGUGGUUGGGUGGUAUAUUGCGUGAAUUGUGUGAACAGAUUGCUCGGAAUGAGUAUUAG